UAUUGUGAAAAGCUGUUUCCGUGUCAUACCGGAAGCGGUGGGCUUGAUGCUGAGAGCUUCAUGUUGCCGGUCAGCAGAAGGUCAGCCAACAGCAGCAGCAGCAGCGGAUAGUUGUCGGUCAGGUAGCACGAAGUUAACGAUCGAUCGGUUAAUCGGCUCCGUUUGUGCUCUUUGGGCGGGAAACCGGCAGCUUCCGGUCAGUGUCUACCAAACUAAUGCUAACAGGCUAACUAUUAGCUGCUAGCAUGCAGUGCGCGCACCCCAUGAAGAAGAGAAGUCUGGAGGCGGAGCCGCGCAACUCCAAAGCGAAGCGGCUCUGUUUGGAGGCGGAGCUCCAGAUGUCCGACUGUCCAAUGGAGACGUCGCAGAGCAGUCCUGCGACCAAUCAGCAGCCGGAUCAACAGGUACGGCCCACACCUGUUCUGCUCUGCUGUCCGAGGUGUCUCAGAGGAGAACCGGGUCACUUCAACCACAUCAUGGGCCUCUGAAGCUCCACCCAUUCUCCUGCAACCAGCCGUCCAAUCACAUUGAUGCUUCAGGUGCUUUACUAAAAUGGUGCUGCUGGAAGAUGUCAUCAAGGCCCCACCCCACCUUCACAUCGUUGUCAAGGAGACGGUUUAACGUUUCCAUCCAGUGAUGCAUUCAGGACCAGCAGUACUCCUCAGACUUAAGUUCUGAAAUCUCUGAUGUCCUUGUGUCCCUGAACACACCACUGAGUGUGAGCGUUUACCUGAGCUUUAACCCCACCCCCUCUCCUGUGUGAUAUGUGCAACAGUCCAAUCAAUGAUCAAUAACUGUGAUUGACGUGGUGGUGCGUUCACUGUCUCCGUUUAAAGGGCUUUCACACGUUGAAGACUUGUGAUGUGUUUACAGGAAAAAUGCCAGUAGAAUUUUUUUAAACUCCAGUAUAGAACCGACUGAAAGGCUUAACGAGGUGUUAAUAAGAGUUUACUGUAAGGGGAAGGAAAAUCCAUGUGGUUUUUCAAAAUAAGAGUCUUCGUGUCUGUACAUUUCUAUUUUUCUGAGGCAGAUUUGUAUAUUUUUUACUCUGAAUUUGACUGAAUGUAAAAGCAGCUCCCUAUUUUUGAUGACAUCACUUCCGCUAUCUGAGGCCAGCAUUUGUACUGAUUUCAGAAUAAAAGCUUUGACUGUGAA